CGCAUCUGUAAGUAAAAUGGUUGACUUAUGAUAAACUGAAACGUUUAUUUUCUUCAUCCCUAAACAGACAGAAAGAUGAAUUGGAGCGGCGGGUAUAAAAAUCGUUACCGAACAAACUCUGAGGUUCGAAAAACAGCAUUUCAGCAGCAGAGUCGGAUUAUUCUAGUCGACCUCGUGAAGCAGGAAGUGGAUAAUGACAACAAACAAACUAAUCAUAUUCCAGGAAAUGAAGAACAACAAUAUUCACCGAAUUUACCGAUUCAGUCUGAUUCAUCAAAUAAUGUCACAAUGCAGCAGUGUGGAACUCCAUUUAAAAAUAUUCCUUGUGGAACUUCUUCUGAUUCAGAAGAAUAUGGAAGUGAAAUAUCAAAUACCAAUUACAGUCCUUAUUCCUCAGACAAUGAAAUUGAAGCUAAAGAUAAACCAACCACCUCUGAAGAAAGUAGUACAAAACUUCAUUCAAGUUUAAUAGUUGAUGAGGACAAUAAGACUUCUGCAGUGGAAUUGGCUGUAGAAACACAGGAAUACUCACACGCAGUCCAUGGCUCAUCAGGAAACUCAUUUGUUCAAUGUUCAGCUCCAUCACCUGAUCUAACACAAGAUUUUCCCCAUUUAACACAAAGCUUGGGCUUUCUAACUCCGGUCACAAAUCGUAGGAACGUCGUUUGCGGGCCGCUUGACCAUCGUGAACUAAAAGGAGACGUUUCAACGCAGGAGAAGCUACAGUAUUCCUAUUCACCAUCGCAAGAAAUUACCGAUGUUGAAUUCCAAGCUGCUUUCAUAUCUCAAGAGAAUCAAAUAAAUGUUCCAUUAACUCUAAUGACCAAUGGAUACCAGGAAGAGCCCGAUGCCAAUGGAGCCGUCGUACUUCAUGAACAUCAUGAGUUUCUAUGCAACUCGUACAGCAAACAACCUGUUAAAUGUUCAACUCCGUACCGCAACCAAACGUUUCAUUAUCCAACGCCAAACUUAAGCUCUGUAACUCCAAACAUAAACCGUGAGAACAUGACGUUUCCUACCACACAUGGCUGUCAACCGAUACCGGGCAGUAAUUUUAAAUUCCAGAACUCGCCAUUCCCUACCUCAGUUAACAAGGAUAGGUUAUACAUUAACCGUUCAGCUCAUUUUCGAGACAUCUCCGUUUUAAGCACUCCAACACAACGAGAAAACAACACUCCCAAUCAAGCCACUAGUUCGAGGUUCGUUCCAGUAGAAGUCAUCCCUACUCAGCGUAAGCAAGUGCGUUUUGCAUCGUCUAUUCCUGUUCAAAAAACGAAAGUUCUCGUAACCUAUAAAUCUUCCCUUAUUGGGGGAAUAUCGGAGAUUGAAACGGAAACGCUUAGCCAGCCACCCAUUUAUAAUAGCGGAUGCCAGCUGUCUACCUUAUUAGAAUGUCAUCCAUCAGUUUCACCUUCUGAAGAGAAAGAGGACCCAGAUACAGCAACCAUGCAAGGACAACAUUACCAGGAAGACGGUCCUGUCAUGCACCUUGCUAACUCUGAACAGACACCUGGAAAAAUGCCCAAAACAUUGUCAAUUACUUCCUCUAAUCCUCUUGGUGUAGAAAACGAAAAUAUUGGAGAAAAAUCUCAUAUUAUCGUCAAUGUUACUAGACCAAUGUGUGGAAGGAAAAGAAAACUGCUUCGUGCUCCCGUUUGGAACACUGCAUCCUCGUUUAGCAAGACACUAAACUCCAGGAAAUCCCAUUAUGGACGUGUUCACUAUUGCCAAUGUCGUACUGUAGUUCAAAAGCUUAAAAUUCGUGACGCUCAAACUCAAACUUCUCCUUGAUGUGUUUCCACGUGCUGUCUUUCUACACUUUGAACACAUAAAUAGUUUUCAACUACUUUA